GCGGCCCCGGCGGCGGCCAGGCCCGUGGCGUCCCCCCGCCCUGAGGUCCGGCGGGCUCGGGCCGCGUCAUGUCCGCCCAGGGCGACUGCGAGUUUCUGGUGCAGCGAGCCCGCGAGCUGGUGCCGCAGGACCUGUGGGCCGCCAAGGCUUGGCUCAUCACGGCGCGCAGCCUCUACCCGGCGGACUUCAACAUCCAGUAUGAGAUGUACACCAUCGAGCGGAAUGCAGAGCGGACAGCCACCGCCGGCAGGCUGCUCUACGACAUGUUUGUGAAUUUCCCAGAUCAGCCGGUGGUGUGGAGAGAGAUCAGCAUUAUUACCUCAGCAUUAAGAAAUGAUUCACAAGAUAAACAAACCCAAUUCUUAAGAAGUUUAUUUGAAACUCUUCCUGGGCGAAUCCAGUGUGAAAUGUUACUGAAGGUUACGGAACAAUGCUUCAACACCUUGGAACGUUCAGAAAUGCUGCUUCUACUUCUGAGACGCUUCCCUGAAACCGUGGUGCAACAUGGGGUUGGCCUUGGGGAGGCACUGUUAGAGGCUGAGACUAUUGAGGAACAAGAAUCUCCUGUCAACUGCUUUAGAAAAUUAUUCGUCUGUGACGUCCUUCCGCUAAUAAUUAACAACCACGACGUUCGGUUGCCUGCCAAUUUGCUCUAUAAGUACUUAAACAAAGCAGCUGAAUUUUACAUAAAUUAUGUCACUAGAACAACUCAAGUAGAGAAUCAGCAUCAAGGUGCUCAGGAAACAUCUGAUUUAAUGUCACCGAGCAAACGUAGCUCUCAGAAGUACAUAAUAGAAGGGCUGACGGAAAAAUCGUCCCAGAUUGUGGACCCUUGGGAGAGAUUGUUUAAGAUUUUGAAUGUUGUUGGAAUGAGGUGUGACUGGCAGAUGGAUAAAGGAAGACGAAGCUAUGGUGAUAUUUUGCAUAGAAUGAAGGAUCUCUGCAGAUACAUGAACAACUUUGAUAAUGAAGCUCAUGCAAAAUACAAAAACCAAGUGGUUUAUUCCACUCUGCUGGUCUUCUUUAAGAAUGCAUUCCAGUAUGUCAGCAGCAUACAGCCGUCUCUCUUCCAAGGUCCCAACGCCCCGAGCCAGGUCCCGCUGGUUCUCCUGGAGGACGUAUCGAACGUGUACGGUGAUGUCGAGAUCGAUCGCAGUAAACACAUACAUAAGAAGAGGAAACUAGCCGAGGGAAGAGAAAAACCCACGAGUUCGGACGACGAAGACUGUUCAGCAAAAGGAAGGAACCGUCACAUUGUCAUCAACAAGGCAGAACUUGCUAACUCGAUCGAGGUGUUGGAGAGCUUCAAGCUGGCCAGAGAGAGCUGGGAGCUGCUCUAUUCCCUGGAAUUCCUGGAUAAGGAAUUUACAAGAAUUUGUUUGGCGUGGAAGACGGAUACUUGGCUCUGGCUGAGAAUCUUCCUCAACGAUAUGAUCAUCUAUCAGGGUCAAUAUAAGAAGGCCAUCGCCAGCUUGCACCACUUGGCAGCUCUCCAGGGAUCACUUCCUCAGCCACAGAUCUCGGGGCAGGGCACCUUGGAGCAUCAGAGGGCACUCAUCCAGCUGGCCACCUGCCACUUUGCUCUGGGGGAGUACAGAAUGACGUGUGAGAAGGUCCUCGAUUUGAUGUGCUCCAUGGUCCUUCCCAUCCAGGAUGGAGGCAAGUCCCAGGAGGAGCCCUCCAAAAUAAAGCCCAAGUUUAGAAAAGGUUCGGAUCUGAAGCUUCUGCCAUGUACCAGCAAGGCCAUCAUGCCCUACUGCCUGCACUUAAUGUUGGCUUGUUUUAAGCUGAGAGCCUUCACGGACAGCAGGGACGACAUGGCGCUGGGCCACGUCAUCGUCCUGCUGCAGCACGAGUGGCCGCGGGGGGAGACGCUCUUCCUGAAAGCCGUCAGCAAGAUCUGCCAGCAGGGGAACUUCCAGUACGAGAACUUCUUCAAUUACGUCACAAAUAUCGACAUGCUGGAGGAGUUCGCCUACCUGAGAACUCAGGAAGGUGGGAAGAUCCAUCUGGAACUGCUGCCCAAUCAAGGAAUGCUGAUCAAGCCUUCUAGCCCUCCCAUGGGGUUACUGCAGCAGGAAUUCUUCCCUGUGCUUCAGCCCAGCAUACAGACUGCCGACAGGCACCACACGGUCACCCGGGGCAUCACCAAGGGCGUGAAGGAGGACUUCCGCCUGGCCAUGGAGCGCCAGGUGUCCCGCUGCGGGGAGAGCCUGAUGCUGGUGCUGCACAGGUUCUGCGUCAACGAGAAGAUCCUGCUGCUCCAGACCCUGGCCUGAGGACCCUCCUGGAAGGGAGCCUCCGGGUUCUGACUCCUCGGUCACUUAGAAGUAGUUCCCAAGAGUCUGAGAAGCGAUUUCUAUUUUUGUCACUUUUUGGGGUAAUUUUUGUAAAACAAAAGAACUUGUUUUGUAAAUAAAUUGGGGUGUUUGUUUUUACUUUUUAA